AUGGGUUGUUUUGCUAGUUGCUUGACAAAGCUUGGUCAGGCUCUAGAUGGUUUGACGCAGCGGGACCUUCCCAUAAGGGGGGAGGCGCCACCUGCUUUCUCUCAUGGUUUUCAAGAUGGAGCUUGCAGAGGAAAAAGAGAUGGGAGGAGCUCUUUGUCUGAUGGGUAUUCGUCUCUCACACAUGGAUUUCCAUUGGUUCAUGCCAUGGUUCCUUGUUUGACCGUCUUGGAAUCCUAG